AUGUAUAUCGAUUUUGGUACGUAUGAGUUUGAUAAAGCAAUCGAAUUACUUGACAAUGAAAUACGAUUACAAAAGAAAAAACGUAAAGAUGCUAAAGAAACUGCUAAAAUGAAAAAGAAAAUUGAAAUAGAUAAUCAAAAAAAGGAAAACGUAAACGAAGAAGUUGAAGAUUAUCAUCAUGAAAUAGAAGAAACAAUAAACUUCGAUAGUAUUUUUAAUUGGGAUGAGAAUGUUGUACGAAAUUUUCUCAUAAAAAAAAAUCUUUCGAAUUUGUUACCACUUUGUAAUGGAAUUAAUGGAGAUGAAUUAAACUACUUAUAUGGUAUGUGCAGAAGUAAUUCAAUGUUGAUGUACCAUUCAUUAAAAUUUGAACUUUUAAAACUUCAUGAUAAACUUUUACCAAUUUCUACUUAUCUUCAUUUUCUUAGUUGUUUAGAUGCUGUUGGUGCUUAUGAUUUACCUUUAAAUCUAUGCAUUGAUAGGGAAUAUUUGGAAGAACAUGUACAAGAUGAUAAAUAA